GAAAAAACGAAAAAAAGGAAGAGGUGACGACAUGGAUCACGACUAGGUGCAGCCAGCAACACAGCCCAACCAGCUGCCUGCUAUCUACUACUAACCAACCAAAUUACCACAGAAACAGCACACACGCGCGCGAAUGACCAUCCCAUCUCAUCGCCCGUCUCGCCACCAUGCCCGCCGCCACUACCGCGGAGGUCGAGGUCCUGGUCCUUUCCUCCUCGCCGGUUCACAACACCCCAGCAGCAGCGCCACCGCUUGCGUACGACCCCGAGGAACUCUUUGGGCUGUCUCCGAUUGACGCCUCUACGACUCCGUUGCCUUCGCCGUCAGAGCUGUUUCGGGCUCCGACUCGGUCGAGGUUCUUUCAGAGUGAUAAUUCGGUUAGGAAGAAGGGCAGUGCGGGAUCGAAGACCAAGGGCAAGGGUUCGGAUAUGACUACGGCUACUACAACUGCAACUGCGACAGGAAUUGUAGAAGUCCCAGCUGGAGAUCAAACAAAGCGGACAAGAGGCAGACCGAAAAAGGACCCGAAGACCGCUCCUGGGGAUCCGGAACCCAACGCCGAAGUCGCGGAGAAAGCUCCGAAAAAGACUACAGCGGGCACGAGGAGGAAAAAAUCUGCCGAAACCACGACAAAGGGCAAGUCAUCGGGGAAUAAGACGAUAUCAGGGCGGGUUGGGAAAGCCGGCACUUCGCGGCCUAAGGAAGCCGGUGGUGGUGGUGGUGGUGGCGGCGGCGGCGAGAAGGCCGAUUGUUUGUUGUUGACUCCGCGGGCUUCUCCGGCAACGGCGACGGCGACGAAGGACGACGUGCCGGACUGGGAGACGGAUGGGCUCCAGUUAGAGCAGGCUACGAAACGGAGACUGGAUUGGACGCCAACAAGCAAUAGUACCAAGUCGGUUGUUGAGUUGGAUGGCAAGUCCAACGUCGAGGGUAGCUUGAAGAACUUUGGAGAUUUGCUCUCUGUGUAUGGGUUUAGUGGGAUGGCUGCCCCGAUCGGUAACCAGGUGGCUUCCGGUGAGUGUGGACCUACGAAACGGAGGCGUAUAGAGCUGGUUGAUCCGGGGGUAUACCCUCCUAAGAAAGGCGUUGUUGAGGACACCGACAAAUCUACUACGGAUGGAUCUCGCCAAUCCACCCCAACGGUGCAAAAGAAGCCAAGAAAGGGCGCCAAGCGGUUUACGACGCUUACGGCCCGUGUGACAGCAAACUAUAUCAAUGAAUCUGCCGAAAGCUCGGAGGCUAUAGACGGGGGAACUACAGCUAGUGAGGACACAUCGGCAGCGAAGGGGAAACGCUCGAAGUCGAAGAAAAAGGGCAAAUCAAGCUCGAAAGCCUCUGAACCACAGUUUGUGGUUCUCUCUCCUGAUGAAGCUGCCAAGUCUCUGGAAGACCAGGAGCUUGUAUUCGGAACCUGCAGUCAGCUGGAGCGGGAGGACUCUCCCACCAUGAUACGGGAGUUACAGGCCGCAAUACGCGAGUCAGAACGAAGCAUCGUGUCGGAAUCAAGUAGUCGUUCCUACCUGAAGUCGGACAAGGGAGCGUCAUCUGCAGUAUCGCGCUUUAGCGGCUCGGGAGACUUAUGGUCUGUUGCAUCCCGAGAUACCGACGGCUCGCUGAUGCAGGUGGAAGUCGUGGAUUUGGUGGAUACACCUGUCAAGUCUGCGGCCCCUGCCUUUCUGGAGCAAUCUAGCAACAAAGGCGAAGAUGUUCCUACUGAAAUCGACAUCAACAUGAGCAAGCACGAUGGGAAGGAGACUUCUGAGCCAGAAGUGGCUGUACCCACACGCAAAGAACCGAGUACCAUCACUAAACCCACACAACCAGUCAACACGCCAGCGAAAGACCCUGCACCUCAAGACGCAGUAUCUCACCCUCCCAUGCCGCAAUUCAGCGGCUUCACAGACGCCCAAUUAUCGAAACAAAUCGCCACCUACGGCUUCAAGCCGCUCAGAAGCCGGCAGAAGAUGAUCGAUCUGCUCCAGAGAUGCUGGGAAUCUAAAAGCAGCACAAGCGGUACAGUAGCAAGGCCAACCCCAGAGAACGCGCAGAGCCACAACCCACCUGCUGGUCCAGUGUCGGAACCUGCCUCAUCUCAACCCAAACCCAGCAGCAAAAGCGCCAGCAAGGGCACUACACGCAAAACAAACCCAAAGCCGAAAAGCAAGCUACCAGCCAAGUCAUCAAAGAAACCCGCAGCGGGAAACAUCCCCUCAACCACGACCAUCGACACCAGCAAAGAAACCACCUCCCUCCCUCCCCAACCCAAACCCCAAAAGCCAACAACCGCGCAAACCCCCACCAAGAAAGCGAAACCCAGAACCUCCUUCGCCGACGUAGAAGAAAUCGAAGACUCCGAAGACGAUGCGAUCCUCACCCCUCGCCACCUUCUACAGCCUUUCUCCUCCACCACUACCACCACCACCACCACCACGAAAAGCACCCUCCCCACCUCCCCCACCCCAUCAAAUUCAAACCCCUCCCUUGCUCCCCCAACACCAAAUCUUCCCAAUCGACCAACGCCACCUCUCUCCCCCUCCCCAACUUAUCUGACCAAAUAAUGAACGCCGUCCGCAUCCAGCCCCGAACCACCACCACCAGCAACCGCAAACAGCCCACCUGGCACGAGAAAAUGCUCAUGUUCGACCCCAUCCCGCUGGAAGACUUCACCACAUGGCUGAACACAGAGGGGCUCGGUCUGGUGAAUGAGGAUCGGGAGGUCGGGGCCGCGUUUGUUAGGAUGUGGUGCGAGAGUAAAGGCAUCUGUUGCUGUUAUCGGCCUAGGAGUGGGAGGAAUGGGGAGUAGGGAGUGGGAAUAGGAAUAGGGCAUAGGACGAGGGUUUUUCUUUCUUUCUUUCUUUCUUGUUUUCUUUUUCGGCUGUGGACAUUGGUGUUGUUGGUUGGGAAUAUUCCUGGAUAAAGCAUAUUCUGAGGGUUGGAGUUGGGUUUAUUGAGUACUAUAAAAGAUGGACGGGGUUAGAUGGGCGGGGGCAUCCAUCCAUCAUGGCGGCUAGAUUAGAUAUGGUUGGAGUUUUGGACUUAUUACUGCAGUGAUUG